CCGCCGCCGCCGCCGCCGCCGCCCCGCUGCCAUCGGCGGCUCCCGGCGCCGCCGACUCUCGCAGCUCCCUCCCGGACCCGCCGCAACGCGGGGCUGGCGGGGAGAGUCCCUCCCGCUCCCGCCGCCCCCGCCGCCCGCGCCGCUCCCCUGCCCGGUUCGCCGGCCCCGGGCGCGGGUGAGCGGCGGAGCCCACCGCCCGCCGGGUGCAUGGACAGGAGCUCCCUGCUCCAGCUCAUCCAGGAGCAGCUGGACCCCGAGCACACCGGCUUCAUCGGGGUGGAGACCUUUGCCAGCCUGGUGCACAGCCAUGAGCUGCCCCUGGACCCUGCCAAACUGGACAUGCUGGUGGCCCUGGCACAGGGCAACGACGAGGGGCAGGUCUGCUAUCAGGAGCUGGUAGACCUGAUCAGCAGCAAACGUUCGAGCAGCUUCAAGCGUGCCAUCGCCAACGGGCAGCGUGCCCUGCCCCGGGACGUGCUGCUGGAUGAGACCGGCCUGGGCAUCUACAAACGCUUCGUGCGCUACGUCGCCUACGAGAUCCUGCCCUGCGAGAUGGACAGGCGCUGGUACUUCUACCAGCACCGCUCCUGCCCGCCCCCCGUCUUCAUGGCAGCCGUCACCCUCACGCAGAUCAUCGUGUUCCUGUGCUACGGCGCCCGGCUGAACAAGUGGGUGCUGCAGACCUACCACCCCGAGUACAUGAAGAGUCCUCUCGUCUACCACCCCGGGCACCGGGCCCGCGCCUGGCGCUUCCUCACCUACAUGUUCAUGCACGUGGGGCUGGAGCAGCUGGGGUUCAACGCCCUCCUGCAGCUGAUGAUUGGGGUGCCCCUGGAGAUGGUGCAUGGCAUCCUGCGCAUCAGCUUCCUCUACCUGGCAGGCGUCCUGGCAGGCUCCCUCACCGUCUCCAUCACGGACAUGCGGGCACCCCUGGUUGGGGGCUCAGGGGGGGUCUAUGCCCUCUGCUCAGCUCAUCUCGCCAACGUCGUCAUGAACUGGGCCGGGAUGCGCUGCCCUUACAAGCUGCUGCGGAUGGUGCUGGCGCUGGUGUGCAUGAGCUCCGAGGUGGGGCGAGCCGUCUGGCUGCGCUUCUCCCCGCCGCUGCCAGCCUCGGGCCCGCAGCCCAGCUUCAUGGCACACCUGGCAGGCGCCAUCGUGGGCAUCAGCAUGGGGCUGACCAUCCUGCGCAGCUACGAGGAGAGCCUGCAGGACCAGUGCGGCUGGUGGGUGCUGCUCCUCUCCUACGGCACCUUCCUGCUCUUCGCCGUCUUCUGGAACAUCUUCGCCUACGACUUGCUGGGGGCACAGAUCCCGCCCCCCCCGUAGCCCACGCUCUGCCCUCCCCCCCACCCUGGCACCCACCCUUUGGGUUGUUUUUGUUGCGGUUCCGUCGCUCGCCGAGCCCGGUGGAGAUCGGGGAGGGAGGGAGGUGCCCCCACGCGUGUGACAUGGGGGCAGGCCACCCACCCUCGCCCUGCCUGCCCCCUCGGUGCUAGCGAGCGCGUCGGGCACCCCCCCUCUCCCCCCACCAUGGGCCGCAUCCCCUCUCCCUCUCCCCUACAGACCCUGCCCAGCCCCCACCACCACCCCCGCUGUGCCCCCUCCCCAAAGGAUGCUUCAGCUCCGCUGUGCCCCCUCGGGAAGGAGACAAGCAGGGAGGGGGAUCUGGGGGGGGGAUCCCUCUGCUUGCUUCUGUUAGCCCCCUCGCCGGGGUGGAGGGGUUGAGGGAAAGGAGGGGGGUGGGGGUGUGACUCGUUGCCCCUCACCCCAAGGACCUGCACUUUGAGCCGGACUGGUGCCAAAAGAGGAGGAUUUAUUUUUCUAUGCCAAAAUAAAUAUAAAUAAAAGAAAAAAAUAGG